AUGACUCGAGUCACAAAGAGUCACUAUGUUUUGAAUCUGAAUGGUAGCCAAUUCCAGCCACCCUUCUUCCUCCUGACAGGCAUCCCAGGUUUAGAAGCAGCACAUAUCUGGAUCUCUAUUCCUUUGUGCGUGUUGUACAUGAUUGCUUUACUUGGAAACUCUAGCAUUCUCUUCAUCAUUAAGACCACUCCCAGCCUUCAUGAACCUCAAUACAUCUUCUUGACCAUGCUGGCAGCUACAGAUAUUGGCCUUUCUAUAUCCACAUUGCCAACAGUGCUCAAGGUCUUCCUCCUCAACCACAGGGAAAUAGAGUUUCACUGCUGCCUGACACAGAUGUUUUUCAUUCAUACCUUUUCUUCCAUUGAUUCUGCAAUCCUGUUGGCCAUGGCCUUUGAUCGCUUUGUGGCCAUCAGAAAUCCAUUGCACUACACCAUGAUCCUUACCCAUGCCAAGAUAAUUAGAAUGGGACUAGCAGCUGUGGUGAGGGGUGUGGCACUGAUGACAGCCUGGCCUAUCCUGCUCAAGCGGCUACCCUUCUGCAAGAACAUCAUCCUCUCCCACUGCUAUUGCUACCAUCCCGAUGUUAUGAAGCUGGCCUGUGGACCUGUCAGAGUCAACAUUAUUUAUGGGCUAGCAGUUGUACUUUGUUCUUUUGGUCUUGACUCUUUGUUCAUUAUUAUCUCCUAUGCGCUUAUCCUGAAGACAGUUAUGAGCAUUGCUUCCAAUGAAGGUCGUCUUAAGGCCCUCAACACUUGUAUCUCCCACAUAGUCACGGUCUUUAUCUUCUAUGUGCCACUUAUUAUUCUGGCCCUAAUACACAGAUUUGGAACAUUCACUUCGCCUCUAAUUCACGUCACUAUGGCCAACCUUUUCCUCUUCCUAACUCCAGUAAUGAAUCCACUGGUCUAUAGCUUUAAAACCAAACAGAUUCGCUCUGUCAUUCAAAAGGCAUUUGUAACAAGAGGCAGUUAGUUGGACCUAGAAGUCUAGUAUUGACUUUGGGAUCUAAAGACACACCUGUUUUUCAUUUGACAGAUGUAUACUUUCAUUUCCUAUAUUUGAGUGUUUGUGUUUAAAUCUCAGAA